AGCGGAACGGAAAGCUGGCAUAUUGAAAAUCAGUAAUGUUUUACGCCUAGGAUAUUAUUUAUCGUGUCUUUCGGAAAAGUAAUAUAUUUUCCUUCACGAGAGGUUUGUUAUUUUAGUUUCAUUUGUUUGCGAUCGCGUUUAGUCACUUCCGUGUACAUACAAGCUAGUUCCCACCUCCCUAAAUAUGAUUGGCUGUCGCGCUCAAUGGAGGAACACGAUUGGACGGCUGUGAGGUGUGACGUCUUGUCCCGAUGGCAGGAUACGUAACGGGGACAUAAGCGACUCAGUAAUAUUUCCUGGUAGAAGACAAGCUAUGAAGGAGAGGACCUGAGCUGUUAUAAAACGUUUGGGAUGCUCCAUGUAGAUUCAUGUUGAUCUUUUCCCUCCCUACGCUGAGUAGAGCGGUGGUGCGUGUGAGGAGAGUGGCAGCUCAUCUCAGCAGAGCAGCCAUGUCCACAGAUCAGCCGGGCUCCAGUCCGUCCAUCGCAGCCAACGGGGAUGCCCCCACUGCAGCCAUCCUCAUCAUCGGAGAUGAGAUUCUCAAGGGUCACACUGUGGACACCAACAGCGCCUUUCUCACACGGGCGCUGAGGAAACUCGGGGUGUCGGUGCGGCGCGUGACCGUCAUACCAGACGUCCAGGAGAUCAUCGCCAAAGAGGUCGCCCUCCUCGCUCCCCAGUACACACACCUCCUCACCUCCGGCGGCAUCGGGCCCACCCACGACGACGUCACCUUCGAGAGCAUCGCCAUGGCGUUCCAGGAAGAGGUGCAUCCCCACCCCGAGCUCUCCCGCCUGGUUGAGGAGUUUUUCGGGGUCGUGGACAAAGACAGCGCUGCCAUGAAGCUGGCCAUGGUGCCUCGCUCUGCCAAGCUCAACUAUGGAGUCGACCCUCAGACCGGGCAAACUCUCCGCUACCCUCUGGUGAGCGUACACAACGUGUACAUCUUCCCCGGGAUUCCGUCCUUGUUGGAGCGGGCCUUCAACUCGCUGGAGCACCUGUUUGCCGGCUCAGGGACCACCUUUCACACCCGAGAGGUGUUCGUGGAUGCGGACGAGGCGGAGAUCGCCCCCGUCCUGACCAAGCUCCAGGCCGGCUGGGGCCGGAAGGUGGCGCUGGGCUCGUACCCCGACUGGCUGAGCAACUACCACAGAGUCCGGCUGGUCCUGGACUCCGACAGCCAGGAGAAGGUGGACGGCGCUCGAGCCCACCUGCUGGAGAAGCUGCCCAGGGGGAGCGUGGUGCCGCUGGUCACAGACCCGGUGUCCAUCGCCACCGCCGAAGUGUACACACUGGCCAACAGCGGCACAGCACUGAGCGAGAAAGUCCUGUCCGCGCUGAAAACGAUCGAGGCCGCGCUGGAGCGGUAUUCGACCGACGAAAUCUGCGUCGGCUUCAACGGAGGGAAGGACUGCACGGCGCUGCUCCAUCUCUACUACGCCGCGCUGAGACGUCGGCAUCCAGAUGGCAAAGACAAGCUGAAGGCUCUGUACAUCCGGAUCGUCUCGCCGUUCCCAGAAAUGGAGAGGUUCCUCCAGGACACGAUAAAAAGGUACGACCUGGAGCUGAUCUCCGUGGAGGGCAGCAUCCGGCAGGCCCUGAGCGAGGUGCAGGAGAGGAGGCCAGAGCUGAAAGCCGUCCUGAUGGGGACCAGGAGGAGCGACCCGUACUCACACACCCUCACCGCCAUGUGUCCCACCGACCCGGGCUGGCCGGACUACAUGAGGGUCAACCCGCUGCUGGACUGGACGUAUCACGACAUCUGGUCGUUCCUGAGGACGUUAUACGUUCCCUACUGUAUUCUCUAUGACAAAGGGUACACUUCACUGGGAAGUAUGGACAACACCUGUCGAAACGCGUCCCUGAAGACGGUGGAUGAGCGGGGGGUCACCCGAUACAAGCCAGCUUACCUCCUGGAGAACGAAGAAGAGGAGCGAACCUCUCGAGCUUGAUGUUUCUGCUCGUGUCACCGGUCGCUUCCAAAGCCUUAUUUUUUUAAACAAAAAUAUCCGAUUCACAUUUUGCACACAUUUCACACAGAACUGAGAGAUUUUUUUAGUCUUCUUGUUUAUGUUGGCUGAAGAAUCGAGAUUUCUGACUGCAUAGUGAGCCUGCUACAAAGGCGUGUGUGUGUGUGUGUCUCUCUGUGUGUGUUACUGUAACAGCUCUCUGGACUGCUGAAUAAAACAUCA